AGUAAUCACAGCUGGAAUCAGCACUGAAACAUCUGCAUCAACUGCAUUUCUCUAUUGUGAAGACUGGCUUCCACCAGGAAGGAACAUCCAGGCUGCGCUCAGCAGGACCUGAAGCUCAGGGCGGACCUUCUCCCCCAGACCGCCGCCACAGUCGGCUGUAUCACAGACACACCUCUGCAGUACGACUGGAAGUAACCCCGAUUCAAGACACAGCAGCAGAACCAUCGGUGGAUUGUUUCCAGAAGAUGCAGAGGACAGGUGUCCUGGCGUCCGUCCCUUCAGGAGUCCCGGGAGACGCCCUGCACCUCAGCCUGUCCGGAACCCGGCUCUCCAUGUCCAGGAGGCCCGACAGCGCGUCUCCUGGGAAGAGCUUCUCCCGCUCCGGGUCCGGAGGCAGCCGGGCGCCGCGCCCCACGCCGACUGAUGUGGGCUUAGGUAGCUGCCGCUCCAUCAAGAACCUGCGGCGCUGCAACAGCACCACCCAGGUCAACCAGCAACCCACCCUCAGCACAAGGCCGGCCUGGGAGCGGGACCAGGACUACUUGUCCCUGUUUGACAGCAGCUCAGAUGGACGCAGGAAGCUGGCGAGCCUCGGCAGGACGUCGGGGGACGGAAGCACGUGGAACGUUCUGGACGAUCAGCCCAGAGCCUUGGCUCCGCCCUCCUCCACCUGCAGCUCUGCCGGUGUGGUGGAGGCUCCCAGCAGCAGCAGGACAGAGGCUGGCUGCAAUCUGACUGACAGCUACACCGCCAACAACAGGAGCAGUAAGGGCGGCGUGGGGAACUCCGUCACCACCAUCUUCCAGAACAACCACUCCGACAAGCCGCUGACGCCCAAGAGCUCCAACCAGAAGCCGUCCUUCAACAACCUCCUGAAGGCCACGGCCGCCGACGGCCUUCCACCGGACACCGGCUCCCUCACCAAGUCCCAGAAGAACUUCUCCGCGUGGUCUGGCAGCAGCGGCUCCGCCCGGGCCCCGGCCCCGGCCCGGAGGUCAGAGGUCACCGAGGAGGAGGCCGAGAGGUUCAUUCAGCAGGUCAACCGGGCGGCCGUCACCAUUCAGCGCUGGUACCGGCGCCGCGCUGGCCGGGCGACGCUCAGACGCUUCCUGGACCGUACAAGAAAGGAGUUGGAGGAGAGAACGGUGGAGGACGGCCGGCCAGAAGAGCCGCACAAGAAAGACCGAGACAGGAAGCGGAUCCGGGAGGAGAAGGCUCGCCUGGCCCGCCUGGCCGCCGUCCAGGAGCUGCAGCAGCAGAGAGCACAGCGAGCUGCACAGCACAGCGGUGUGGGGAGCCGGACCAAGCCCCCCAGGACGUCCCCCACCACCCAGGGUCCGGCUCCACCCAGCAACAGCGGCCCCAGGACGUCCCCCAUCGACUUCAGAACCAGGAGGACAGACUCCAAUGUGAGCGCUGAGCGGAGCUUCAGGGCCGUCUCCCCUGCUCAGCGUUCUCAGGAGCAGGAGGGCGGAGCAGAGGAGGAGGAGGAUCCUGGGCAGCAGCUGCAGCGUCUGGACAGCCACAGGGAAGCAAUUCGGAAGGAGAGCGCUCACGUCAACACGGCUGAAGAGCUGCAGGGAGCUGUCGAGGCAAAGCGGGAAAACCCGCCACCGGCUACAGGCGUCACACCAAACAAGGCCAUCAAGAUCAUCCCGGGCAGUAAGAAUGCAGCUUCAGCCAGCAACAAGCGCUGCGUGUCUCCCUGCGAUAUGAAAACCAGGAACUCAGACUCAAACCUAGACAUCAUUCCUGACGUGGCCGAGCUCAGCUUCAGAGGUGUUUACCCUGAAGCGUCCAAUCGGAGAGGCUCCCAGUGCUCAAAGAGGUCGGUGAGUGUUGAGGAGCAGAGGCGGGGAGCCUCGUCCAAAACCGUCCUCAACGAGCUGCUGGACACCCUGAAGCUGUUGGAGGAGGAGCCGGAACAGCUGGCCGAGUCCCAGAGCCGCCGCAAGGACAAAUACGCCUGGAUCGAUGAGGACGUGGACUCCAGCUCCCUGACCACCGACAACCUGGAGCGCCACGGCCAGCUCAGCCGCCACCCUGCGCCGCCAGGAGGGGGCGCCCUGCUGUCCGAGGCCAAGCUCCAGAGCAUCAUGAGUUUCCUGGACGAGAUGGAGGAGUCCGAGCAGGAGAGGCCCGGCUCCGCCUCGGGGUCGCACAGAGAGGCUGCGCUGUCGGAGGAGGAAGUGACCGGCGUGGAACAGGCGUCAGCCGCCGGCUCCAUGAUGAGGGUCAAGCUGGAGCUGGAGGAGAAGAAGCGCACCGUCGACCUGCUGCAGGCCGCUCUGGCCCAGCAGAGGGAGCUGACGGUCCGACACGUGAAGGAGGCCGAGAGGGAGCUGAGCCGAGGCUUCCAGCUCCAGAAGGACCAGUAUGAGGCCACCAUCCAGAGACACCUCACCUUCAUCGAUCAGCUGAUCGGCGAUAAGAAGGCUCUGAGCGAGCGCUGCGAGGGCGUGCUGGGGGAGCUGAAGCAGGUCGACCACAAGUACAUGAAAAAGAUGGCUCAGAUGCAGGAGCAGCAUGAGAUGGUGUGGCAAAUUCUCAGUCCCUUGUGUGAGGAGAUCAAGAAGCUGAAAGACCUCAUGAGCGCCACAGAGAAGAUCCGCAGGGAGAAAUGGAUUGACGAGAAAACCAAGAAGAUAAAGGCGAUCACGGUCAAAGGUCUGGAGCCGGAGAUCCAGAAGCUGAUCUCGAAGCACAAGCAGGAGCUGAAGAAGCUGCAGACGCUCCACGAGGCGGAGCUGCUGCAGGCGGACGAACGGGCCGCCCGGCGCUACGUCCGCCAGGCCGAGGAGCUCCGUCAGCAGCUGGAGAGGGAGAAGCAGCAGCAGUGCCAGAGGGACAGGGAGCUGGCCAAGCAGAGGUAUGAGAAGGAGCUGCAAGAGGAGGAGUUGUCCCUGCAGCAGCAGAGGAGGCGUCUCUACAAGGACGUGUCCCAAGAGAAGGACAGACUGGCUCAGCUGGCUUCAAGGCAGCGAGCCGAGCUGGACGAGCUGCGGAGGCAGCUGGAGGAGAACUCCGCCGUGGCCGGACGAGCUCUGAGGGACGAGCUGGACCGCAGCCGAGAGGAGCAGGACCGGAGACACCAGGUGGAAAUGAAGGCGUUACAGGAGCGUCUGGAACUUGAGAAGCAGACGUGGGAGGAGAACUCCAGGAAGAAAGAGGAAGCCUGGCUGUUGAGCCGCGAGCGCGAGCUGAGGGACCAGCUGCGGCGAGAACGCGACAAAGAGAUCGAGCUCGCCAUCUGGACGCUGGAGGAGGAGACCAGCAAGGACAAGGAGGAGUGCGAGAGGGCUGCAGACAGCAGGCUGAAGCGGCUGAGGGAGAAGUACGAGGCGGAGCUGAGGGAGCUGGAGCGCUCGGAGAGGACGGCCGUGGAGAAACACCAGCAGCUCAGGAAGCAGCAGAUGGAGACGGAGGCAGAGCUGAUCAGACUCCAGGCCACACUGCGACUGACGGAGCAGCAGGUGGAGGACGUCACGCAGGCCAGGGACAAGCUGGCGGACGAGCGCCGCGGUCUGGCCCAGGUGAUCCGGCAGGAGUUCGCAGACCGGCUGGUGACGACGGAGGAGGAGAACCGGCGGCUGAAGGUGGAGGUGUCGGAGGUGCGGGCCAGGCUGCGGCUGGAGGCGGAGCGACUGACCCAGGAGAAGGAGGAGGAGCUGGCUGAAGUCCACCAAAGAGUCAAGUCUGCCAUCCUGAAGAAGGAGGAGAUCGUAUGUGCCCUGCGGAAACAGCACCAGGCUGCUGUAAAGAGGGCGGACCACCUGGAGGCCUUGUGGGAGCAGCAGAGGAAGCAGCUGCUGGAGAAGUGACCAUGCAGACCCCCACCACCCCGUCACCCACCUGAGGAGUGUUUUAUUUCCUCCUCCAGAAGUCCGAACCUUGGAGCUUCAGAGGGAAGAACCAGUGAGAAAGUUGAGGUGAACCAGUGAUGGAGUCUUGUCCUACAUCAUUCAAAAUGUUUUUGGAGUCCGGGACUUUAUGUCCGUCUCACACCGGUUCUUUGAUUCGACUUUGUGUGAAAAAUGCCAAUGACUGAUUAUUGCUGUUUAUUAAGUAUAGCCAGAUGUUCAGCACUGGACCUGAUGUAAAAAACCCCCCAGGACAGUCCCCUGAGUGUCCUCUCCCCAGAAGGGUCCUGAACCCUUCAUCAAGCGGACCUUUAAUUGCAUGUGGUUCGGGCGGGGAACCUACAGAAAGGCUGGACUUCUCACACAGUUUGGAUGGGUUGAAUGGACUCCAUAUCAUUUUCAAGCUGAUGUUAUUUUGAAGGAUGCCUGAGAGACUGGAAUGUGUUGGUCUGUGCAGAGCAUGUUGGUAUGUUUACAUUUUAGCAGAACAUCUCAGAACUCGGGACUUGAGUCUCAGUAGCUGUUCCUUCACUUCACCAUGGAACCACCAGCCCCCCCGACAUGAAGGAACACGCAGCAGGAAUGCUUCAACAUCAAGACCAGGUUGCUCCACGUGUCCUGUUUCAGUUGUUGGGACUGAGUGUACCCCCCCUCCACCCCCCCGCUGCAGGCGUCAGCAGCAGGAAUGUUCACCCACAGAGCCCAGUCAAACACUUCCAGAUGUUUGAGUCGACUGAGACAAGACUGUCUCUGCCUGUGUCCAGUCCUGAGCUGCCUGAAGGCUGAUGCUCCCCCCACCACCACCCUCCCCCCACCCUACACCCAGCCUACCCCCACCCUACCCCACAUCCUACCCCCACUCCACCCCCACCCUACCACCAUCCUACCCCCACUCCACCCCCACCCUACCACCA